UUGCACUGGAAGCUUUUGUCACCAUAACAAAUUCCUUGUGUGUGUAAGCAUACUUGACAAUAAAGCUCAUUCUGUUCUCAUCCAUAGACAUCCAUUCAAAAAGAACGAACUCUUGUCUCCUCGCCAGUGUACCUCUAUGGAAUGGCCGCGUUACGCUAACCUAUACUAACCUUUUAAGUAUCAUAUCAGAAGGGCUUUGGUAGUGCAGGCACGCAAACCCGGAAGAGCAAGCGAAUAUCGUUCUGAAUUAAACAAAAGCACGCGGAAGUGCUGCGUGUUUUUUCUUCGGGAAAGAGUAACUAAAGAUCACGUUUGAAAAUAUUAUAUUACCAGACAAAACGCUGACUGAGCACUGUUAUAAACUGCAAAUAUUAAUCAGAUUUAUUAUAAUCGAAGUCUUUAAUUAAUCAAAUAUUUUUGUUUGUAGAGGAGGAUACUGUGAGUUGUUUGUAUUAUAACGCUGCAAUUUAACGUAAGAAUUCGACUGGUUUGAAAUGGUUUAAACUGUCUAAGAUAAUGCAGACUUAAAUAUCGUUUUUUUGCUAUUGUGGUAUUAUAACAAUUGGUAUUGCUCCUGUUGACUUUCACAAUAGUGCCGAACGUUUUGAAUAUUUUUAUGAGAGCCUGAUUGUGGUUUUAAUAGAUUAAUCGGAUAUCUAACGGUCCGGAGAGAAAGUUGUUCAUCCAGAAUGACUCUGGCUGUGUUUUUUGGCUGUGCUUUCAUCGCGUUUGGUCCAGCUUUCGCCCUGUUUGUCUUCACUAUCGCCAAAAAUCCAUUGAGAGUCAUCAUUCUGAUAGCAGGGGCAUUUUUCUGGCUGCUGUCUCUGCUGUUGUCUUCUCUAGUGUGGUUCAUCAGCGUUAAGGCCAGUAAUGCAGAAAAUGGGACACUUCAGAGGGGGCUUCUGAUUUUUGGAGUUUUCUUUUCGGUCUUAAUUCAGGAGGUGUUUCGCUUCGCAUAUUAUAGAUUGCUCAGGAAGGCCAACGAUGGUCUGGCAGCCAUUAGUGAUGAUGACAGUUCAGCCAUUUCAGUCCGGCAGAUGGCUUACGUAGCUGGACUGGGCUUUGGGAUCAUGAGUGGUGCAUUCUCAAUGAUCAAUAUCCUGUCUGUCUCUCUGGGUCCUGGGACCGUCGGCAUCUUUGGAGACUCACAGUAUUACUUCAUUACAACAGCUCUGAUGACUCUGGCACUGACGCUGCUGCACACAUUCUGGGGCGUGGUGUUUUUUGAGGGCUGUGAGAAGAGCCGCUGGUGGGUCAUCGGUGUGGUUGUGUGUCUUCACCUGCUGGUCGCUGGCCUGGCAGGAAAGCAGAAGAGGAAUCCUCAUAAGAUACUGUCAUUACUUGUCUGUGAGACGCAGGACAAUAGCACAGCUGCUUGUCUGAAUCGCAGCAGUUUGUGGUAGAGCCCAUUCACCAGCAUAAGCAAGAGGAGAUCAGACAUGUCCCCUCCAACAUGACUGGUCUCACAGAGCAAACCGGAUUUUCACAGAAACGCUGUUUGAUCUUAUUUCUUAUGAAUGACGGACAUGCUGAUCAGAAAGAAUCAAAACGUUUUUGAUUAAUUUUUAUCUUAUACUCAUAUGUUCCAUAUUAUUUUGUUUUAAAAGCAAUGUCCUUUGUGAAUUUAUUUUAUUAAAUCAUGAUUUUGAGUUUUCUUUGUUGAAAAUGUCAUAUAUUCCAGUGCCAAUUUUAAGGAAUUAACUAGAUGCACCCUCGUCAUGUCCAAAAAUGUCACUCUCUUUUACUCAUGUUAUGGGUAUUACACACAUUUUACUCUCAGAGACAAGUGCAUUUGCAUUCACUAAAGACCUUCUUUUUUUUCUUUUUCUUUUUUAUCUGUUUGUACAUUUGAGCAUUUUGACACAUGAAUGCAUAGAACAUUUAAUUUUCAAAUUCAGCGGAACAAAUGUCUAUAGCAGAUCAGUGUCUAAUUCUGAGAUGUGUGUUUGUUUGUUUUUUGUUUGGUUUUUUUGGCAUUCUUUGUGUUUCUCAGUUAUGAAAUUCAUUUUUGAUCAAUGUUUUGGAUUAUAUUUGGACCGUAUAAAACAGGAAUAACAGCAGCUAACACAUACUAUAAAAACCUCCGAUCUCAUCCUUCGUUCUCAACUAAAACAGAUUGUUGACUCCAUUCUCAAUACAUUUAUAACAGUUGAAUCCAACCUUUAAAUUUAUUGACAGUAAGCAAUAUCUGGGUAUUCCAGAUCCUUCUAUUCAAUCAUUAAUAAAAAAAUAAAAAAAAACUGGUGCUUGCACAUUGGCCUCUCAGGUUGUAUUUUCAUCAUAGAACGGUUCUCUCAAUCAUCCAGUUAUAGUACAUUAUUUCCUGAAUGUUUGUCUGCGCAGUAAAUCAGAGUUGGCAUUACAACUAACAUUGCACACAACAUAGCUAUAAUUCCUAAACCAGCACACUAACAUCACCGUGUUUAGUAAUACAUUCCCUGUUUUCCAAUCAUGGUUCGUCACAAACCCCAGCAGAAACUGAGCUGGGUUCACACAGUUCUUUUGUAGCUACCAAACUAAGCAUUACUUAAUAUUUUCCAGCUGGACAAUAUUAACUAAUGGUCAUUUUGGUGCCAUAAAUGUUCUGGUUCUUAUCAGAGAUCAUAUCAGACAGCUCUUUAAACAAUGUACUGCCUUCAGUAAGCACCAAAAUGCAGUAUACCCUGUCCUGGUGAAAAUUUCUGAAUGUAAAUGUAUUUCUUUAUCUCUCGUACUUGUUCCUUGUGUCUGCAUUUAAGCUGUUUCUGGUCCACAUUUCAGUAUGGCAUCCUGCAUUGGAGUGUGUGUAGUCGGAUCUUUCUCCAUGUUUUGUUCUGUUCUUACAUUGGACACAAUAACAACUACUGGUGCUUUUCUGGAUUUCAAAUAUGACGAUUUGUAAUUAUGUAACAUUUUAAUGCUGCUUUAUAAUGUUUCUAUGUAUAUAAACUGGGACGCACAUAUCUGUUCAUAUUAAAACAUUAU